AUGUAUCUGGGCGCCAAGAUCGGCUUUCUGGGAGCGAACGGGGCGGGCAAGAGCUCCCUCAUGCGCCUUCUUGCGGGGAAAGACACGGUGUUUGAGGGGGAUUACUACAUCGAUCCGAGCAUCAAGAUUGGGUACCUGGAGCAGGAGCCGCUGCUGGAUGAUGGGGUCACUGUUAUGGAUAAUAUCGAGCCUGCUCUUAAGGAGACCAAGGACCUGCUUCAGGAGUUUGAGGAGGUGAGUGUAGCGAUGGCAACAGCGGGAGACGCUGACAUGGACAAGCUGAUGACUCAGAUGGAGCGCCUGCAAACCCGCCUCGACGCCUGCAACGGCUGGGAGCUCGACAGGCAGCUUCAGAGAGCCAUGGACGCACUGCGCUGUCCUGCCGGUGAAGCCCCCGUGGCGAACCUGAGUGGCGGGGAGAGGAGGCGCGUUGCACUGUGCCGCCUGCUGCUGCAGGCGCCGGACAUUCUGUUUCUGGACGAGCCAACUAAUCAUCUCGACGCGGAGGCAGUGGCGUGGCUGGAGCGGUACCUGGCGGAGUUCAAAGGGACUGUUGUGGCCAUCACCCACGACCGAUACUUCCUGGAUAAUGUGAGUGGCAUGGCAUGGGGGUAUGAUGUGAUGGGUGGCAGUGGCAGGCAGGUGUCGUGGUAUGUAUGUUGA